AGCGGCAGAUAAUGGAUGGAUGGAUGGUUUUAUAACAAACACAAUGUGUAUACAUGCCUGGUAGGCCUUGGCUGGUCCUCAGCAAAUCAUAUGAACUAUUUUAAAGAAUUGGAAGACCGUCUGCCACAGGAUUACCUCUUCAGUAUACCAGACAUCAGUGGCUGUUGUGAGAAUUGCUGUGAAUUUCGAGAAACAUUGCGUAUUUUCUCUCAGAAUACAAAAGGAAGCAAAUGUGAAAAAUUGUUUAAUACCUCUCAGAAGAUUAUCGCCAUGAUUGACAGAAACGGGAAAGCCGACUGUCCACAGUGCAAUUACAGCUCAACAGUACUUCGGAAAGUGAAGGACUUCAUUUCGAACUUUUCCACAAUUUUGAACCUUGACUACACUUGUAAAUGUCCACCGAAAAAUAAUAUAAGCUCAAGUGAAAUGCCCAGUAGUACAGUUUACACAAGAACAGAAAAUCCAACAUCUCUGGUAACUGCUGCAACAAAAUUACCAAUUGAAUCAGAAAAAUGUGUUGACUACACUUGUAAAUGUCCACCGAAAAAUAAUAUAAGCUCAAGUGAAAUGCCCAGUAGUACAGUAUACACGGGAACAGAAAGUCCAACAUCUCUCGUUACUGCUGCAACAAAAUUACCAACUGUAUCAGAAAUAGGAGCUGACUACACUUGUAAAUGUCCACCGAAAAAUAAUAUAAGCUCAAGUGAAAUGCCCAGUAGUACAGUUUACACAGGAACAGAAAAUCCAACAUCUCUCGUUACUGCUGCAACAAAUUUACCAACUGUAUCAGAAAAAGGAGACAAACAACCAAACACAUUAAAGGAAGUGCUACCUGAUCUCAGCAUCCCUAGAUCCCAUCCAUCCAUCCAUCCAUCUUCUGACUACAUUGACCAGUGAUCACCCUCUGCUCGGCAAAAUAUAACAAGAUGGACCCCACCCCCCAAAAAAAAUUUUGGGAGCUGUUGCCCUAUGGAAAAUUAUUGAGUUGUCCUGCUAUAAACCUUGCCAGAGGCCAAGACCCACCCAGAAUGACUUUGAUUUUAUGUAGAACUAUUACUACAUUCAUACCGAGAGCGAAUAGCUCGAUGGGCCGAAUGGCCUCCUCUCGUUUGUAUAGUUCUUAUGUUCUUAUGUUCUUAUGUUCUAGCACACAGAACUAGCCCCAGUAAUGCAUGCUCCUGCAGCUUCUCUCAGCAUAAUAACAGAAUAACAUAUAACAGGGGUGUUAUGUGAUCACCAAACAAAGAAAUAAAUAACCCUGAUUUAUAGACAAUGAUUAAAAACUAGGAUCUGUUUUUAAUUCCCAGAAUGUUUGGGGUUUUGAAUCCCACUUACGGUCUUUAAGUGUGGUGUUUCUGUCUCCCAUGGUUGUGCAAGUUGCCUCCCACAGUCUAAUGAAUUUUUUCAUAUGGAAAGGAGUCAUGAGACUUGACUGAUUUUUUGGGGGGAUAGGAUGGAUGAUUGGAGGAUAGAUGGAUGUUCUGGGUGUAUUACCCUAGUGCUGGGAAUAAAUCCCCUGUUGCAUGUAACAAGAAGCUUGGGUUAAAGAUUUUAUGUGAAAAAAGUGUUAAAAUAAAGAAAUCAAGCACCCAAGCACAGUAGGUGGAGGGCCAACACAGGGUUAGUUGAUGAUUUGCUUAUAUAAAUGUAGGCCUUCAGCUGACCCUUGUUACAUGCCACAAAAAUCUAGGCUCACACUAAAUGUCUUGUUUUUCUUUCCCUUAGAUCUUAAAUAUCUAACCGUCAUAAUUGUAUUAGUGCUUGUUUUGCUUGGAGCCAUAUGCAUUUUAUUCUACUUCUAUAACAAGAUCAAACAACUAAACAAAGAGCUGGUAAGUUGUUAGCUCACUAGUAAAAGGUCAUACACAGUUAUAUUAAAUGUUGUCCCGACUAUACUGGAGCACGGAAGCUGAGAACAGCCAUACUUGCAAUUAUUAUUUUUAAUGCAGAUAUCGAGAUAAUGAGAGGACUUGCAGCUUAUAUACAGUUUUCAUCAAUAUGUAAGGGUUGUAUGUCUGCUAUUGUAUAGAUGGAAUUGUGACAAGUAUAGCACAUUUUACUUAGUGGAAUAACCUCUGAGGAGUCUGAAAAUGUGUGCAGAUUUGAAUGUGUACUGUGAUAUGACAGCAUUUCUCAGGAUCAUGGUGUAACUUAGAGACAGGACAUGGCAUGCACAUCACAGUAAAACACUACAGCAUGUAACAGCCGCUGUUAAUAUUGAGAUACACAUUGUGGUCAGAAAUAAUGUUCAGAAAAUAACUUAUGGACAUACUGUUUAAAAGAGCUUUAGUAUCAUCUGUAAUAUGGAAACUAUUUGGCUAAACAGUUAUUAUUGUAACUGAGCUAUUAACAUAUAGUUAACACCUAGUAAAAAUAAAAUAAUAAUUUUACAUAGUAAAAAUAAAGGUAAAAUAAAUUGCAUAAUUUUCUCAAUACUGGGAGCCUUAAAAAUGGUUUUUAAUGGGAAAAAUAGUAACAUAAGCUCUACAUAGUCUUCUACUUAACAGAAAUACCUGAGAAUGACAUUAGUGUAUAUAAAUAUGAAUGUUUUACACAUACAAAUAAUUUAUUAAUAAUAAUGAAACAGUAGUGAAAUAAACAGAGAAUUAGUCAUUAACAUGUUUGGAAAUACAGAGACCGUACAUGGACGCCAGUUGUGAUUUGUCUGGAUAUUGACUGGUCGUUUUAUUGCCAUUUGUUUGUCUUCUCCAGAAAAACCUUAAGCAACUUGUUGAUUUGGAUUUAUACAUGAGGUGAUAAGGAGGUAUGGCUGUUUUUUUGUAGUGGUGCCUUUGUCUGUUACACUUUCAAAAGCAACAUACUAGUAUCUAAAUUAGAAUGAGCUAUAUUAAUGUUACCGAUGCAUCUUUUGUUUGAAACAUCAUGUUGCAAUAUUGUUAACAUUUCAUUUAUUGCAUAUUACAAGCAUAAUUUAAUGAUCAGUCUUGGUAUUUACAAGCAUAAUUUAAUGAUCAGUCUUGGUAUCAGUGAUCACCACUAUCUAGAAACUCUGGGCCCCCUGACAAAAUUGUCAUCUUGGGACCUUCACUUGGGUUGGCACUUUAAAACUGAAGAAAUAUGUGUAGAUAGAAUUUGCAAAGCAGGGAUGGGGGUUGGGGUUCCCCCAGUAAUUUAUUUAUAUAUUUGUUUGUUUGUUUUUGGAGAUACAUUAAUAUACCAUAUACACAAGAAACCAUUCAAAAGCUUACUCUUUGAUUCUGUGCAGGGUUGACUUUAUGUAGAACUAUUGAUACUCUGAUACACUAAUACAACCACGGAUACCCCAUUAUUAUUGAAAGUAUCAUGACAUGUCUCCUUCACCUGCUGGUUUUACUCCAUCAGCCUAUGAAACAGGAAGCAUCUGCUGAACGCUGCCAAAGUUGAAAAUGAUUGGUCACCCUGUUAGAGCUCUCUCCACCCUAUGUGAACAACAGACUCUUAAAAUCAGCUUGCAGGAUUUUACAGGAUCCCUCACAUAUACUGUUCCCCAUGUUUGAAUGGCUCCCUUCAUGGCGCAGGCUUCGCUGUCCAAGUUGCAGGACACAGAGGAGAAGGGCAACAUUUGUCCCAGGGCUGUCCAGCUCCUCAACUCUCAACAUGGGUGAUUCAGCAUCACAUUAACAGACCUUUUAAUGGAACUUCUUAAUGAAACUUUAUUAGAAGACAUAUCAUUAACUUUUGCCUAGCAGCAAAGCACCUUGCCUUUUAUAUGCACAUGUCCUUUUUAUUCUGUAUUUAUUGUCAUGUGUGAAUGGUGGCUGUGCCACAUGCCUUUAUAAUUGCCUCUUGGGGAUAAAGUCAUUUGAUUUGAAUUAAAUUGAGCUGAAUUGAAUUGAA